UGAAGAAUUGUCUGGCAUGGACCUAGCCACCUUAGCCUGGAGGACUAACAACACAGGAGUGAAUGAAAGUUACUACAAUCCAAACUUAACCUGUAAGACCAUGUCCCAUACACUGAAUAUUCUAAUAGUCAUCAUUGCCCUGGUUGGGCUGGUUGGAAAUGCCACAGUGCUCUGGCUUCUGGGCUUCCACAUGCAUAGGAAUGCCUUCUCUGUCUACAUCCUCAACCUGGCUGGUGCUGACUUCCUCUUCCUCUGUUUUCAGACUGUAUAUUCCAUUAGCGAUAUUAUUCAUAACCACAACAUCCACAUUGGCCUUGAGAAGUAUUUGAGAAUUGUGUUUAAUUUUACUUACCUUUCAGGUCUGAGCAUGAUCAGUGCCAUUAGUGCUGAGCGCUGCCUCUCUGUUGUGUGGCCCAUCUGGUAUCGCUGUAGACGUCCAAGACAUACAUCAGCUGUCAUGUGUGCCCUGCUCUGGGCCUUGUCCCUGCUAUUGAGCCUCCUGGAAGGGAUGGCAUGUGGCUUACUUUAUGAUGGGUUUGGUUAUGGUUGGUGUGAGAAACUAGAUUUCAUCACCUUUGCUUGGUUAAUUGUUUUAGUUGUAAUACUCUCAGGGUCAACCCUGACUCUGUUAGUCAGAAUUUUCUGUGGCUCAAGACGGAUGCCAGUGACCAGGCUGUAUGUGACCAUUGCCUUCACAGUUUUGGUCUUCCUGCUCUUUGGCUUGUCUUAUGGGAUCUACUGGUUCUUCAUACUUUGGAUCUGGUGGCCUCUUGACAUUUUCCCUUGCGAUAUUUAUGCAAUUACAACUUUCCUGUCCUGUGUUAACAGCU